AUGACUAAUCUUGCUAAUACCAUGGAGAUGAAUACUACUGCGACUCUGCAAGCUGUGCAGAGGUUAGGUCAACCAGCUGGAAACGAAAAUGGUGAUGGAAACAGGAAUGAUAAUGAGGAAGGAAAUGAUGAUAAUAUAGGAGGUGCUCCAAUGACCUUGGCUACUUUUCUCAAGGUUCAUCCGCCAAGUUUCAGAGGUUCAACCAAUCCUACAGAAGCGGAUAACUGGUUCCAGGCCAUGGAGCGUGCAUUACAAGCACAGCAUGUUCCAAACAACCAGUAUGUGGAGUUUGCUAUGUAUCAGCUUUUGGGAGAGGCUCAACAUUGGUGGCAAGUAGAAUGCCGCUUGCUACAGCUUCAGAAUGCCGACAUCCCUUGGGAUUUGAAGCAAGGUUCUUUGACUGUGGCGGACUAUACUAGCCGAUUUGAAGAGCUCUGCAGGUUCUCUAAGGUGUGUCAGGGUGCCUUGGAGACCUAUCAAAGUUGGAAGUGCAUUAAGUAUCAAAGGGGCUUGAAGGAUAACAUCAUGACUGUUGUGGCUCCUUUGGAGACUCGGAUCUUCUCCGAUCUUGUGAACAAGGCGAAAGUUAUUGAGGAGUGUGCAAAGAUGUUUCAGUAUGCCAAAGAGAGAGGAAAUCAGAGUAAGAUUUCUCUGGAUUUAACUUGUGUUCAUUGUGGGCAUUUUCAUCCGAAUGACUCUUGCGAGAUUGGUAUAGGUGGUUGCUUCAACUGUGGUUUUCCGGGUCACAUUGCGAGAGAUUGCACUCGGGGGAAAAAGACUCAGAAUGCGGGCCAGAACCAACAAGGUCGGGUGUUUGCUGUGAACGCCAAUGAUCUUGCUAAGGCAGAUCCAUUGAUGAGAGGUAUAUGCUUAAUUGGUGAUAAAACAUUGGUUGCAUUAUAUGAUACUGGAGCUUCACAUUCAUUUGUUGCAUUUAACAAAGUUGAGGAACUAGGAUUGAAACUGUCAGAAUUAGCAUUUGAAUUGCAUGUACAUACUCCGCAUCAGACAGUGGUGACUAGGUCAGGUUGUAGGCAAGUAGGUUUCAAGCUUGAGGGUAGAGACUUUGUGCAUGAUUUAAUUUGUUUACCAAUGGUUGGGUUGGAGAUGAUUUUAGGGUUUGAUUGGUUGUCAAAGAAUCGGGUUUUGUUGGAUUUCUUUGAGCGAUCAAUUCCAUUUAUGCCGGAAGGAGAAAAUAGAGCAGUGGUAGCUGAGGGCUAUUACUUGAACUCUGUAAUGGUGCACUAUAGUGAGGAAGAGUGUCAGGGUUAUAUACUGUUGGUUGCAAAUGCAUUAGGUGAUAAUCAGAAGUUUGAUCAAAUCCUGGUAGUUAGAGACUUUCCGGAGGUGUUCCCGAAAGAUAUUCCUGAGUUUCCACCUCAAAGGGAGAUUGAAUUUGCGAUUGAAUUGGUGUCGGGAGCCGGACCAGUGUCGAUUGCACCAGUAUUUCGUCCCAUUUUCGACAAAUUCGUGGUGGUUUUUAUAGACGACAUUCUAGUUUACUCAAAGACGGAAGAAGAACAUGAAGAACACUUGAGAAUUGUGUUGCAAAUCUUGGAGGAGGGGAAAUUGUAUGCUAAGUUGUCCAAAUGUGAGUUCUGGAAGGAGGAAGUAAAGUUCCUAGGUCACGUGGUCAGCAAAGGAGGAAUAGUGGUGGAUCCUUCGAAAGUAGAGGCGGUGAUGGAAUGGAAAGACCAACGACGGUGA